GGAAACUAAAUGUUAAUAGGCUAUAUUUUGCUUCUAUAUUUAUUUCUUUUCGGCGACUGCAGGAUAGCGCUUGUUGUCUAUAAAUAAGGGAAAUCGGGCGAAACCCUAGAAACGUCGGCUCUCGACGCAUUUCCUUGGGACCAAGAAACGCUCGAUAAAAGCCUAGCAGGAGACUUCAGCGUUGAGAUUAAGAGAGAGAGAGAGAGUUGAGAGAUGCCGGACUACAGUGAAAGGUAUGAGGUGAACGGAGAAGAUUUCGAUAACUACGGCACUUCUCCUCAACAACGAGGUGGUAGCCAUGGCGGUCCUGAUGAUUACGGCGAUUCGAAAUCUCAGCAUGGUUCUCGUGAUUAUGAAAUAGAGUCUUCAAAAAGCAGGGAAAGGGAAAAGGACAGGGAUAGAGGACGGGACAGGGACCGAGAUAGAGACAGGGACAGGGACAGAGACAGGGAAAGGGAAAGAGAUCGUGAUCGUCACCACAGAGACCGUCACAGAGAUCGAAGUGAAAGAAGGGAACGGGGAAGAGAUAGAGAUGAUGAUGAUGACUAUCACCGGAACCGAGACUUUGAUAGGCGAAGAGAUUUUGACAAAGAUAGAGAUGACAGACAUAGGCGUCGGUCUCGGUCUCGAUCAAAGGUUAGAUCUGAGCACAGAUCGCGAUCGCGAUCACGCUCACGCUCAAAAAGCAAAAGGAUAAGUGGUUUUGACCUGGGACCUCCUGCUUCAGCAAUGUUAGCUGGUGCAGCUGCUGCUGCUGCAGCAUUUGCAGGUCAAAUUACGGGGACCACCCCACCUCUUCCUGGAAUGUUUCCUAACAUGUUUCCAACACUUCCUGGACAGCAGUUUGGAGCUCUUCCGGUUAUGCCUGUUCAGGCAAUGACUCAGCAGGCUACUAGGCAUGCUCGGCGGGUAUAUGUUGGCGGGCUUUCACCCACAGCAAAUGAACAGUCUGUUGCGACCUUUUUCAGCCAAGUUAUGGCUGCAAUUGGAGGAAACACUGCGGGCCCAGGUGAUGCUGUUGUCAAUGUUUAUAUAAACCAUGAAAAGAAGUUUGCUUUUGUGGAGAUGAGAUCUGUUGAGGAGGCUAGUAAUGCAAUGGCUUUGGAUGGGAUUAUUUUUGAGGGAGCUCCAGUUAAGGUGAGAAGGCCUAGUGAUUACAACCCUUCACUUGCUGCGACACUUGGUCCAAGUCAGCCCAAUCCCAAUCUGAAUCUGGCUGCUGUUGGGUUGACCCCAGGGUCUGCUGGUGGGCUUGAGGGUCCUGACCGCAUAUUUGUGGGUGGGCUCCCUUAUUAUUUCACAGAAGCACAGAUCCGCGAAUUGCUAGAGUCCUUUGGUCCCCUUCGUGGUUUUGAUUUAGUGAAGGACAGAGAAACGGGAAAUUCGAAAGGCUAUGCAUUUUGUGUUUAUCAGGAUCUCUCGGUUACAGAUAUUGCUUGUGCAGCUCUCAAUGGAAUUAAGAUGGGUGAUAAAACUCUUACAGUUAGGCGUGCAAACCAGGGUGCUUCCCAACCAAAACCUGAGCAAGAGAGUGUAUUAUUGCAUGCCCAACAGCAGAUAGCAUUGCAGAGGCUUAUGUUGCAACCUGGUUCGCUCGCGACCAAGGUUGUGUGUCUGACACAAGUGGUUAGUGCUGAUGAGCUCAAAGACGAUGAGGAGUAUGAAGAUAUAAUGGAAGACAUGAGACAAGAGGGUGGAAAAUUUGGCAACUUAGUGAACGUUGUUAUUCCGCGCCCAAGUCCAACUGGUGAACCCUUGCCAGGAGUUGGGAAGGUGUUUUUGGAGUAUUCAGAUGUUGAUGGUUCUACAAAGGCACGGACUGGGAUGAAUGGAAGGAAAUUUGGGGGAAAUCAAGUGGUUGCAGUCUUUUAUCCGGAGAACAAGUUUGCUCAGGCGGAGUAUGAUGCUUGAGCAUACAGAGAAAUAGCGUUGGCAUUAGCAUUAGCGUAGAAUAUGGGCUUCCUGGCAUCUUGGCUUUCAGUUCCAUUACAAUGAAUAUUGUUUCUGCUUUUGUUUUUUUUUUUGUGGGAACGUUUCUCCUCAAUGUGUAUUAGCUACCUGACUUAGGAUGAUGAGUCCUUUGACAUAUAAAAUAUAUAUCUUGUAGGAUGGAUAUAUCGAUAUUUUGGUUCUUUAAAUGACGAAGCCAAUUCCCA